GGAAGUGCAACGAUAGUUAGCAAACAGCAGGCAGAGCACAGGCUGUGACAGUGUGUCUGCUAAAGCGUUGUGAGGCUCUGUUUGUUCACCAUACGCUGUAAUAAAAUGCCUGAAUUACAGACACCAAGGUUUCAAGCUGUGAACACCAGUGCUAGUGACAGCCUGGAGGGGUUCAAGGCCCACGCUGUGUUCCAGGAAAUCAACAAGAAGCUGCAGGAGGAAGGGGAGCAGUUUGUGAAAAAGAUCGGGGGGGUGUUUGCCUUCAAAGUAAAGGAUGGCCCAAAUGGACAGGAGGCAACAUGGUUUGUGGAUGUGAAGAACGGCAACGGCUGCGUUCACAAUGACACAGCUAAGAAAGCAGAUUGCACCAUUUCCAUGUCAGACACAGACUUGUUGGCCUUGAUGACGGGGAAGAUGAACCCACAGACCGCGUUUUUCCAGGGCAAGCUGAAGAUCACGGGGAACAUGGGGCUGGCCAUGAAGCUUCAGAGCCUGCAGCUGCAGCCGGGCAAAGCCAAGCUGUAGAUGAGACGUCGGAGCUAGCUGUAACUGCACCUCUGAACGCCGAAUAGAGUAAAUCACGAAGAAUUUAACAGCAGGUCUGGUUUCAGAGAAGUGUUAGACGUCUGUAAACCUUCUCAUCACAGGACUGAACCACUUUUCCUACUAACGACCUCACUACCGACCAGGGGAUUAGUCAUCAGCCCUGCCAAUCUAACUGGAGAGCGCGAAUAGAUGGACAGAUCAUUAAUUCUCUAAUCAAGUCCCUCUCACGAUAAUACUGUCGGUACACUAAAGUAGAGACAGGUGCUCCCUACUAAUUCAGUUUAUAUCCAGUUUUCAAUAACCUCUCAAAGCCUGUUGUCAGUGAAAUCUUUCUGUGAGUGUACGUGUGUGGAAAUGUUUAGUAGAGCAGAUUGUUGUCAUUUUCCACAAUCACGGACACAACAGUCUAAGUGCCUCCUUGUCUCAGACUUGCAGUUUGCUCUAAGGUUUUUAGCCAAACACGUAGAAAUGUUUUUCACUGUGGCCGCCCGAUGUUUGAACUGAAAGGGUUGUAAUUUUCCUCAGUGCUAUCCUUACUGUAUGAAGAUUUCUGCUAAAUAAACUUGUCUUUGCUGCGG